UCAAUUUUUUUUCUUCAUAUUUCUACAAUGUACGAGUUUGUGGAGACAAUGAAUUUGGGAAUCCCUGAUUUUAUUCCUAAUUUGUUACAACUGCAGAUGGCAAGGUUGAAUGAAGGAUUAUCACUCUUCGAUGCAAUACUUAUUGUUCCUAUGUUUCAGAUUGCUUGGACUUUCUUCUCCAUUUGUACAGGAUUUGUAUACUUUCAGGAAUAUCAGGUAUUUGGUGCUCUAAGGACAACAAUGUUCAUAUUAGGAAUAAUUUCUGUAUUCAUAGGCAUUUCUUUGCUGGCACCAGACGAGGCAAAAGGUAUAGUUGUGGGUCAUGGAUAUAGUUGUGGGUCAUGAUUUCUGUAUUCAUAG